AACAAAAAUACUCCCGAUGGCCAACGAAUUCGGCUAACGUGGCUGAGCGACCACCCAAACGCUUUCGGCCGAGUCAGUUGCUCUCGUAACGGCGGAUAACGCGCAACAAAACGGAAAAGUUCGAGCGCACGUUCAAAUUGUCUGCAACACACACACAUAUAUAAUACCAAAGUGGCAACAACAAAAACUUGAAAAUUUUUAAUUAGAAAUUUUUUUGGUGAAAAUUUGUGAAAAAAUAGAAAUAAGACAUUGCCAAAGUAAAAUAUGUGCAAAAAAUUGAAAUGACAAAUACAAAAGCGAAGGCAAUGCAAUAACGUGUGCGUGUGUGUGCAGGCAUUUGAAAUACAGAGAAAAUGAAUAGUAUGAAAAAAGUGCGUGCCAAGUAGGAAAGAAUCGAUGAAUUGAUUGCGUGCUGCAGUGGAGGCAGCGGGUGAGCGCGGGCGAACGGGCGAAGUCAGCUGGAAUUUGAAAAAGUGAAGCAUAAGCAAAUGCAAAGUGAAAUGUGUUGCAAAUCCAUAUAAGAAAAAAAUCACAACAACAACAGCAAAAUUGAUUUUGCGCUUGUGAACGAAAAGCGUUCGAAUGAUCGCUCAAUUACACUAUAAUUACUCUUAGAAAUUAUUCAGAAAACAGUGAACUGAGUAUUUGUAGAUACAUUUAUUUUAAACUCACACUCUCACUCUCUUAUUGUCUGAUAAUUGCAUUUUAAUUAAAAAUUAAAAGUAAAGUUUAAUUAAUUAAAUAAUCGAUCGAUAAUUCAUUACAUGGAAUUAUAAUGAUUCAAUUCAAUUACGUCUUGCAAUUACUGGUAGGAUGAUUUUAUUAUUGCUGUAAAACAAAGCAGUGAAAUAUUAGAAAGCCGCCGCUAAAGGAUAAUUAUCACAGAACGAGAGGCGAGUUCCAAGGAGGCGGUCUUUAAUGCACUGAAGAAGAGGUACGAUGACCGUAUAGUGUUCGUGACGAAGCUGCUUGCUCUGGUUGAUCCCAAAGAAUCUAAUAAUUCUCAAUUGCAUACUGUUGAUAAGAGUUCAAACAACUCAUUUCAAAUCCAACUGCAAACUUAUACGUAAAACCUAAAGUCUCUAGAAUGGGUCGUUGGCGACGGGCAACGACGACGCCACCCACUACUUACAACAAAUGGAUGCUGACGUUGACAGCGGCAUUUGGAGUUCUCAUUUUCAUUUGGAUUCCACAAGUGUCAGCUGAAUGUCAAACUCGUUCGAUUUACUGCUAUGAAUGCGACUCAUGGACGGAUGCACGCUGCAAGGAUCCCUUCAACUACACGGCGCUACCGCGUGAUCAACCACCGCUGAUGACCUGCAACGGCUGUUGUGUGAAAAUGGUGCGGCAUUCGAAAUCACCCUACGAAGUUGUACGACGUAUGUGUACGUCGCAAUUGCAAAUAAAUUUAUUUAUGGUCGAUCAUGUGUGCAUGAUGGAAAGUUCAGGCAAUGGACAUAUGUGCUUUUGUGAGGAAGAUAUGUGCAAUUCUAGUAAAAAUUUAUUGCAAAAUGGUUCAUCACACCAUUACAUCAUGAUCUCAGCGCUCUCAUUCAUAUUAUAUUUACUCAAUCAAAUACAGAUUCGUGCGCAAUUGCAAUUUUUCGCUCGACUAUUGCAAAUGCAUAAACAAAAACAAAAACAAAAACAUAUGCAUAAGCCAGUAGAAAAGUAUGAGAAACAAAAACAAAAACCAAAACCAAAACUCUCACAACACACCCCAACCAGUCAAAUGCAACUCCAACUGCAAUAUCAACAACAAAAACAAAUACAAAUAUCAAAUCACCGUUGUCAUAUGAAUGUACAGCAACAACAAGAACAAGAGAAAUUCAGUGUAAAACCGAAAUUUUGUUGCAUGCCAUCAACCGAACAACUAAAACAUGUUGCAUGCCCAAUCAAAACAACAACAACAAAUAAUAUAUGUGCACAAAUCGUAGAAAGAUAGAGUGUAGGUCCAAGUAACCCCCAAAGGCACACACUAAAUUACAAAAACUGAAAGUAAAAAUGCUACACACACACACAUAAACCCGUAUAACAGUGCAUUCCGUUGGGUGAUGGCAUAAAGUUAUGUAUAGUAAUGUAUAAAGUAAUGUAGGGUAAUGCAUAAUAGUUAUGCUCAUAAAGCAAUGUUUGGUAUUGCCUAAAGUAAUUUGUGGUAAUGCUUAAAAUAAAUUCUGGUAAUGCAAUGAGUAAUUUAUAGUAAUGCCCUAAGUAAUUUCUGGUAAUGCAUAAAGUAAUUAUUGGUAAUGCAUAAAAUAAUUUGUGGUAUUGCAAAAAGUAAUUAUUGGUAUUUCUUAAAGUAAUUUAUGGUAAUGCAUAAAGUAAUUUAUGGUAUUGCCUAUAUUAAUUUGGGGUAAUGCAUAAAGUAAUAUGUGGUAAUGCAUAAAGUAGUUUAUGGUGCCUAUAAAAAUUUAUAGUAAUGCAUAAAUUAAUGUAGUGUAAUGCAUCAGUAAUACGAAGCACACCUCCUGCUGAAUUGUUAUUAGAAAGCGUGUAAUGCAUUACCGAUUUACAUUGAAAAUGGCGUGCACCGAACAGUAUUUUAUGUAUACAUACAUUACUUACUUUGUCUUACAUUGGUCGUUUGAAAUCGGAAAACUGUGUUGCCUUAACCGUUUGCUCCCCUGGAAUGCGCUGUUGGUGUUAACAAACAUCUUUUUACAACGUCCACGUCUCCAAGAAAGACAUACAUACUCAAGUAUUUGUAUAUUUACAAUUACUUUGUUUAUAAUAAUUACAUAAAUAAGUAAUUACUGCAUUAAUACAUAUUCGUACAUAGUACAUAAAUACAUACAUACAUUAUACGUACUUAGUUACGCUCCACGCUCGUUUUAGUCUUUCUCCACCCCUCUAAAGAUCAGACACAAACACUUGUUAUUUUUUCUCUAGAAAUUUUGCUCUUAACUCUAAAUUAUGACAACUCGAAAACACUGCAUAGUUUUCAAUUGAAUACUUACAUACAAACUAUGUACUUAGGCAUUAGUUUUUUUUAUUUUUUAAUUUUUCCCAAAAUGCUCGUGAGUUUUAGUUUUAAAUUUUAUUUUCAAAAAUGUUUGUAGUAUUAAUUAGUAAGCAUUGUAAUUCAAUAAGGAACUUUAUUAAUUUAUGUUUAUUUUUUGUUUUGGGUUUUUAGCAAUAAAAAUAUUUAUUUAUUACUUAGUAGUCAUAUAUGUAUUGUGUAAUGCAAAGAAAAAAGACGUAGUAUUUAAUUGUUAAUUAAUUUUCUUAGUACUUAGUAGUAAAAAAAAUAUAGAUAUUUUUAAAUAUUCAAAUAAAAGCGUGAGUGAUUAGUGCAAGCACUAGAACUUAGUGUAACCUGCAAGUUAAGUAAAAAUAUAUCAUUUAUAAAAGAAAAUUCUAAGCAUUGCAUGCUUUUUGGCUUCAAAGACGUAGAAUAAACGGUAAAUAUACACUUAGUAGUGAAAUGUGGCAACAAUGCAAUUUUAUGCUUUGUGUGCGAGUUGUGCAAAGCGGCAAGCUUUCGUUUAGUGAAGCUUGUCGAAAAUACCUUUAUCGUUUUUGUUAAAUUAUUUUUCAAAAAUAAAAUUAUAUUUCAAUUUAAAGCAAACAGUUAUUAAUAUUAUUUCCAAAAAUAUAGUUUUCAAAGCAUGUAAUACAUCUGCACUUAUUUAUUUAAUUAAGCGAAAGCUCUGUGCUUGUAAUGAGGGUAAAUGAAAAAUGUUUUUCAUACCUAAAAUAAUUUAGAAAUAUUUUCUUAAAAUGUGUGGGCAUUUAGUUCCAAAAAGACAUUCGAACCCUAAAGCAACCGAUCACAUAUUUCAGUUGGAACUGAUAAUACGAUUUUUUUUCUCGAAGUCCGAAAGAUCUAAGACUAAAUAUUAUUAAUAAAUAUUGCUUACGUUCAUUAUUUCCAAAGAGUUUUUAAUCUCAAUAUCUCCUCUAUAUAUAUUUUGAAAGACUAUUCGAUAAAAAUUAUUUCUAGUUGAAAAAUUCAAAAUUUAGUUCUCAUUAUUAGAAUUUAGACAGGGUGAAAAUGGACGUUUUUAUAUUCCUAUGACCAAAAAGUCCUAGAAGCUACUUGUCAGCUUUCUUUUAAAAGGCUUUAUGACUAGAAAUAAUUGGCUGUAGCUGAUCGAAAAAACAAAUCGUCUAUAUACAUAGCUUGUGCUGGAUAAGUAAUGGGAUCCAAAGUCUAAUGGUCUUCAAGAGUGUAUCGAUAUUCUAUCACGGCAGCCAAACUAAGUGGAUGCAUAUGAUACCAAAAACUAUAACCACUCCAAUAACUGUCUUUCCUUGCAAAAAAGUUUCUAUGAUUUUUAGUGAAUAUUUAUACAACAAAGAUUUUUUUCUGGUUUCUAUUAAUUUCCUUCAUUACAUGCACAGCAUUGUUAAAUAUUUUAUUAUAAAAACCAAAACUCUACAACACAAACAAAAACAUGAAAUUAAUAUUAAGCAUGCAAAAAAUUAAAAAAAAAAUACCUAUAAAAAUGUAAGAGAAGAAAAUAAACAUAAAUUAAAUCGUUUCAAUUAAAUUACAAGAAAAUCUUAAUUAUAAUUAAUAAUGAAAUAUUUUAGAUUCAAUAUAAGAAACUACGCUUAAUCAAGUACAUAUACUUAUAUCACUUUUACAACCUUUAUCUACACUUAACUACUUUUAAGAAUUAUUGUCACAAGCUAAAGUCAACAGAAGUAGCUGUAAAGCGUUUCUACUAAAAAAAAGUAACGAUUGUUAGGAAGGGAAGAAAGUUACUCAUACGCCAUGGUCGACAUUCAAACGUUGGCACUGUAUACGUUUUAAAUGGUACAUUUAUGUUAUUUGACGUAAUUUGUUUAAAACUCUAAAGCAGAAAAAUUUCAAAAAAGUUUUCCGAAAUUUUCACUAGAACUUCAAAUUUUUUAAAUAAUAUAAAUAAUUAGAGAGGUGGCAUUUUUGUCAUACAUUUGCCAGUGACCAGACACAAAAUAUAUUGCACUAAAAGAUUUUUGAAAAAAUUCAAACAACUCAUAAUCUUCUCUUAAGCAUUGAAAUACUUAACAAGAAAUGAAUUUCUAAGUCAAUAUCAAAUACUAGUUAGAAGAUAGAAAUGUGCCUGCAAAAUAUUCGAAAUACCUUGUGUAUUUCUAUUCACGUAGUCUUACAGUGUUCGAAUAUCAAGCAUUUGCUAUUUAAAAAAAAACAGUUGAAGACUUAAUGUUAAUAAAAUUAGUCAAAAUUAUGAAAAAGCUAUUGUACCCACAUAAACAUACAUAUAUUUAUUUUAUUAUAAUUUAAGCCUUAGUAGAUAAGACAAUUGGCGAAUUUAUUAAUUAUUUAAUUUAUUUAGAAAAAAUAAAUAUAUCCAAAAUAUAUUUUUUACACAAAGAUAGAAAACUCAAUUUUCUUUGAUUUCUUUUAGUGCAAAAAUAGCUACUCAUGUAUAUUUGACGACAGAAAAAAUUUUAAAUUUGUUGAAACUUUCUAUUAGUGAUAUAGUUUUUAAAUUGCUUGGUAAUUUGUAGCGCUUUUUCUCUGUUUCAUUAAUUUUAAUUACGUAUGGCUUGUGCUUUUAAAGCUGCAUGCACGCCUGAGUAGCAUUGAAUAUUUACGCCACGAGUCUUGUACUGUGAUUUUCAGUGCAUCAGUGUUGAACGGAAAAAUGAACGGUUCGAAAAUGGUGAGUUUCGUAUGUAUUUACAGAUUUUUUUUGUUUUUAUGCAGCUAUUGGAUCACUUGCUUAUAUUCAAUGCCUUUUACUUAAAUUUCAGUAAUUAAGCAUUAAUUAUUUAUUUCUUGUAAAUAUUAAUAUUUUUUAUGAAAAAGAUAACCUUUUACUAUAUUUAUGUAUUUUUUCUUCAAGUUUUUUAUUAAAAAAUAAUUAUUAAAAAUAUUUAAUUUCAUUUUGACUUACAACUUCAGACCAUUUUUGAGACAAUUAUUCUGUAGUUUACUGUAACGUGUCUGCUACCAGGUGCAGUUAGUUGAGGUUAUAUAAUACCUGAAAUUGCGAGUGUGAAGCAUCCAAGCAAAUUUGUUGAUAAGGACUGUCAUUUAAUACGCGCGUUAAGCUUUCAACCUUUUAACUUAUAUUUAUAUUUGAUUAAAACCAGAACUGAAAAAACUGUUAGAAAAUAACUACACCUUUCAUAUAAAAUUAUUACAUUCUUUUUCUUCUUUAUUGGCGUAGACACCGCUUACUAGUUAUAGCCGAGUUUACAACAGCGCGCCAGUUGUUCUUUCUUUUCACUGUUUGGCGUCAAUUAGAGAUUCCAAGUGUAAACAGGUCCUUCUCCACCUGCUCUUACCAACGGAGUGGAGGUCAUGUCGUCCGAAUGGAUGAAAACACUCCAGCUCUGAGUGUAUUCGACGCAGUACCCGUCGGGGGAAGCAGAGCAUUAGGAAUUAUUACAUUCACACAUUAUUAAUUUGGCAAGGGAAUCUCAAAGAGCUGGUUAACUAAAGGCUUCUGCACACAUUCUUGCUCUUAUAAAAAUUGAUGACAAUAAAGAAUAAAGCACGCAACUGUUGUGUUUACGUCCACUCGGCUUGCUUGGUUUAGACAGUCUAGUAUUAUUAUUGUUUUCCGUUGAUUUACUAAUCUGAGACAUCAGAAAACUCAAUAAGCUAGUGAAUUCAUCGUUUUAUUAUUUACAGACACUAACUGUAAAUAUUAAUUAAUCACAUUAUAUUCACUGGCAGCAAAUUUAAAUUAUUCUCCAAAUUUCGCCUUUAAACAGUUUAACUUGUAUUCCCAAUCGCAAUUUAACACAGGGUGUACAGUGUUAUUAAAAAAUAAUUUAUCGAUAACAAAGUGAAAGAAAUUAUUUAAUUUCCUCACUAAAAAUGCCUGUUUUGCUUAUUUGUUAAUGAAAUAUUUUAAUAAAAAAUCUUAAAAUAAUGUUUAAUGAAAUUUAAAUUUAUUUUUUAUAUAUUUAUGUAUGCAUCCACAAAUUUUGUGUGUUCUUUCCGUAGUACUCUCUAAAUAUUGUAUAUUAUGUAUUUUUUCCUCUACUUUAAUUAUUUUUUCUAACUAAAAAUUUAUGUUUUGCUCAUUUAUUAAUGAAAUAUUUUAAUUUUUUUAUAAUUAUUUAUUUAGACCUAAUAAUUAUUUUAAAUAAAAUUUAAAUUUAUUUUUAAGUAUUCAUGUACAUAUGUAUGUAUAUAUUAGUUGCGCAAAUUUUUUUCUAACAUACAAACAUUUUGUGUUCUUUCCGCACUACACGCUAAAUAUUGUAAAUUAUAUACUUUUGCCUCUAAUUUAUUUUUUUUUUUACUGAAAUGCACUGCUUCUAAGCAAUGUUUGAGCACCUCACUGUACGUAGAAAAGAUCCUUAUGGCAAAAACUCUAUAUUUAAUACAUAUCCCGUUAAUUCUGCCAAACUCGUUACUACACAAAUUUAACAAAAUACAAAAAGUUUAAUUAAUUGUAGCAGUUAAUGAAAAAUUUAGCAUGAAAUUAAAUCGAAUUUUCGCAAACUACUAAUUAAUAACUAAUAAAUGCCCGUUAAAAACUAAUCCUCACAACUACUUUCGUAACCAGUCAUAACAUUACCAAAAAAAUUCCUCUAUCAAUCAAAGCUCCUCUCAAGCGACACCCGAAUACGCUAAACAAAAACAACAUCCCCAAAACAAACUCUGACUCAGCCCGUACUUCAUUGUAGUGACGUAGUCAACCGUUCAUCCAACCCGUAUCCAACCAUCCGACGCUCCUGCUCUACGUGCUAUGAAGAGUAAAUUUUUACUAUAGGCCUAGGAACACGCGUGCGCGCCUCGUUUUGCUAUUUUUUUCAAAAAUAUAAAAAUAUAAUAUUAGUUGUACUAAUUUGCUGCUUGAAUUGCGUAGUACUUAUGCAAAAGCUAGUAAGAAAAGUCGUUAAGAAACAUAUAACCAAAAAAUUUAGAUCGGAAAAAAGCUAUCGGUGACAGCAAGCUUGUUGGCAAGUUGUUGUAAUGGUAAACGUAAUUGCGUAACUUAUUUUAUAAGUGAUAUGAACGAACCAUAGAUUCCUCACAAUGCAAAAAGCACUGAAUAUUUGACUUCUAAUUUUUUUCCAAAACAACAAAAAACACAUUUCGAUGUUGUUGUUAAUGAUCAAUGAUUUACAUUACAAAAGCAAAAAAAAAAAUGAUACAAAAUAUUAAUAUUGAAUGUGAAAUAAAUACGAAAUAUUGGUUUAAAAAAUUAUUUCAAAUUUAUGUAAUGCAAAUGAUGAUGUUUUUUCGUUCAUCAAUGAUGUGAGAAGAUGUGGUUUUGAUUUCGAAACAAACACUUAUUAUUUUCUCAAUACUUUAUAUGUUUAACUAUUUAUGUGUAUUUGCGCUAAUUUUUAUAUUUUUAUAAAUGUAACUCAUAAUUAACGCUUUUACUUUGUGGUCACUUGAGUUGUACAUUUCUUACUUUCAAUUAACAACACGCUAAUACAAUAGCAUUUACACUCAUAAUACAUAAUGUUGUUAUUUAUUGUGUGACACACAUUUUAAAAAUUCAUUAUUAUAGACAUAUUUACAUAUAUGUAAGUAUUAUUUAUUAUUUGUUGCGUGUAAUUCGGUUCAGUUAUUGUCUAAAGUAGCGUGUGCGCCCGCCCUUAAUGCUGGCCACACGUCAUUCAUACAACUGAACUUAUGAAACACCCACUUACUCUCACACUCAAGCUCGCUCUCUUUUCUAUCUUUUUAAGGUGUUUCCAUUAACACUUUAAGUCAUUUUAAAUUUGCCGCACGCGCUCUGCUAAAGAAAAAACAAAAAACAAAUAUUUUCUGUUUCUUAAAAAAAUUCUGCUCAAUAUUAUUGAGCUUUUCCAUACACCACGUGCAACACAUACUUUCCUCAUACAUUUUAACAACUCGCUCUUUCACUCUAUAACUCUCUAUAUAUGUAUAUCUCUCUCUUUCUGUCUAUCUAACUGUAUAAGUAACUGUCUCGCUUUGUUUCUCUCACUCGUGCCACAAUUUUAAACCAAACCAUUUUAUAUUUCAAAAUACAUACUUUUUACAAAUUUCAUUCAAAAUUCAUCUAAAACAGCGAAAGAAGAACGAAAAAUAUUUAUUAAAAAAUUAAAUAAUAUUUUUUUUUUCUUAAUUACAUUGAAUUGGUUAAUUUGUUUACAAUAAUUAAAAAUAUAAUAUAAUAAACAAUCAGUCAAUGAAAAAUUCAAAUGAAAGUGACAAAAAUGUGUUGGAAGCGUUUCUUCUCUCCCUUGCCUCUCCGCGACCAAACGUCGCUAGCAAGCGAGAGAAAAAAUACUUUCGUGCACAUUUUUCAAUUCAAGCGUAACGAAAAAAUAAAAAUUGAAAAAUUUUGCAAUUUGCGCUUUGAGAGAGAAACAAGCAAUAAAUAUUUCAAUAAAGUCAACACAAAACGAAAAACUAAAGAAAAGAUCACUGAAAGCGAAGAAAAAGAAGAAAAGUGCUUUUUCACAUACGAUGCCAAUGGUCUGACUUAAAUUUUUUCAUCAUGUACCACCAUCGCAACCAUGUGCAAACCAACCAACCAACAACAGCGUAUAUGUAUGUACAUAUAUACUUUUAACUACUACUACUAUAUGCUACAUAAUAUACAAUAAAUAUAUAAAAAUAUACGCUUAUAAGAAGCAAACUUAACUUAGCUACGAAUGCCACGACAAAACAGCUGCAAAACAAAGCUAAAGAAAUCUUUAAAAAUGCGCUUCAAAGCAGAAAUAUUUUAACUUGCUGCUUAGCCGUUGAAAGCUUCGACGCUAAACUUUUAAGCUCACACACACACAAGAAGACCAGAUACACAAACACAUAUGCUAAAUCACACACACUUACAUAUACCACAUAUACAAUCCCAUAUGAAUAACCACAUUUGUACAAAUCAACACAUGCUUAAAAUUAAGAAUUCAAGUUUACUUUUAUGAGCUUUCAACGUUAACCCAAAAAAUCGCAUUAACACCAGAACAACAGCCGAGUUGCCCCGCACGCCAGCGCAAAACACACACAACAACAGCAACAACAAGCAGCAGCUUUUAAGCCGACAGCGAAAAGCUCAGCAAAUGAAAGCUCCACAGAAUGAAGCUCUUACGACGUGAAAUAUAUUUUAAUAGAAUUAAAUUUAAUUAUGUUAUUGUAUUUAAAAAAGUGUUAAGACCAAAAAAAGUUUAUGUUUUUUCAAAAGCUCCGCAAAGCUUUCGCUACGUGAAACAGUUUUUUUAGAAUUUAAGUUUAAAUUGAAUUAUGUUGUUUUAUUAAAAAAAAUGUUAGAGCUUUAAAAUAUUUUAUCUCUUUUUCCAAAAUAUAGCAAAUGAAAGCUCUACAGAACAAACGACGUGAAACAAAUUUUAAUAGAAUUUAAAUAGAAUUAUGUUGUAUUUAAAAUAUGUUAAAACCUGAAAAAUUUUAUGUUUUUUUCAAAAGCUCAACAGAGCUUUUACGGCGUGAAACGAAUUUUAAUAGCAUUAAAACUUUAUCACAUAUGUUGUUGAAUUAAAAAAAAUAUUUAAACUUAAACAAUUUUAUGUAUUUUCAAAAGCUCAGAAAAGCUUUCGUGACAUGAGGGAGUUUUUUAGAAUUUAAAUUUAUAUUGAAUUAAGCUGUUGUAAUCAAAAAUGUUAAAGCUUUAGAAUAUUUUAUUUGUUUUUUUUUUUUAAAUAUAGCUCCACAGAGCAAAGCUUUCAUGACGUGAAAGAGAUUAGAGAAUUGAAAUUUAAAUUGCGUUAAGUUAUUAUAAUCAAAUAAAAUUAUAAAGCUUAACAAUUUUUAUAAUUUCUCCUUUACUGGGUAAAAAUAAAAAAUAACAACAGGCUUAAUUCCAAAAAAAAAACUAUUUUUAUAAUUAUUUGUUUCAAACGCUUAAAUUUAAAAGCGUUAUAAAUGCUUAAUAAAUAAUACUGAGCUCUUCAAUUUAAUAAAAUUUAACAAAAAUUAUUUAACUUUAGAUUAAGAAAUAAGCAAUUGAUUUAAUGGUUGUUAUUACUGUUAUUAUAUAUACUUUUUUUUAAAAUACAAUCUGUAGCAAAAGUUACUAAAUUUCAUAAAAAAGUUUCCGUACCAAAAUAUUUAUUUAUUUAACGCGACCCAUAAAGUGUAAAUAAAAUAUAAAAAAAUUGAAAGCCAAUCAAUAAUGCAUUAAUUUUAAAUUAUUAAGAUAAAUUAUACAAAAAACACGAUAUGAAAGAAUUAAAUUUAAACUUUCGAGCUAUUUGAAAUUUUGAAACGGAGCUUUCAAGCUUUCAAGCCUUCAUUCUUUUUUCGAACUUACGAAUUCAUGAGACAAAGCUUUCGCUUUAAUAUUGAUAUUUCAAAGCUUUCUCAAUAACUUUACUUAUACAAACAGUUUCAACGGGACUUCCUUGCCUCUUUUUCAAACUUAAAAAUUCGUAAGCCAAAGCUUUCACUUUCACUUUAACUUUGAUAUUUUGAAGUUAUCAAAACCACUUUACUUAUGAGAAAAGCUUUCAAAUCUUAGAAAUAUAAAAAAAUAUAUAUUUUCAAAAACGUUAUAACAUAUAACUGCUAUAUUAAAAAAUGCAGUUUAUAGCACUAAAAUAUAAAAAAUAAAAAUGCAUAUAACAACGUUCGAACUAAAAACUAUAACACCCGCUUUGUUUUGCAAUUACGAAGAAGUUUUCAAUACAAAAAUAUAUUUAUCAAACAAAAUAUUUCCACGCUUCUAAUUAUUGAAAACAAUUACUUUUAGUUCGGCACAAGAACAAAAAUAACAACAGGCUUAAAAAAUAUUUUUUUCUUAAAGUCAAGUUUUGGAAAUGGAAAAGUUGUUGUUGUUGUAAAAUGCUGGAAAUCUGUAAACAAACUGCAAUAUCUUUAAGAUUCCAUUUAAAGUAGGCUAUUUUGAGACUUCCAGUAUCAAAAUCAUUAUAUUUUUAUCAUCAGCGACAUUAAACAUAAUUUUUGAAAACUUGUUAUUAAUAGUAUAAAUGAACACCACAUUAAAUAUUAGACGAAAAAGUUUUAAACAUUUGCUAUGCAUUAGUAAUAGCUUAUAAAAAUAUAAAUAAAAAAAAUAUUUGCAUAUUGAAAAAGACAAAUAAAUUUUAAAAUAAAAAGGUUUAAUAAACAUAGAAAUAAACGUACCAUGAAAGUAAUUACUAAGCCUUAACGCAAAUAAGAAAUCACAACAGUAAAUUCCUCACAUGCAAAAAAUUUAGUAGCGUCAAUAUAUCUAAAAUAUAUACUUAUGUGUAAUUGAAAGCACUCUUAAGCAAAGUUAAUGCCACAUAAAACACAAAAAAAAUAACGCAUUAAACCUGCAUUAUAAGUGUAAGCAACAAAUGUUGUUCUGAGACAAAUAAAAUUAGUCUCAGAAAUAUUGAUUACACAUGUAUGUAUCACAUACACAUAUUGUUAAUAAUAUUAACGGAAAAAAUCACUUCUAUAAAUGUUUUGUGUCCAAAACAGACGGCAGUGUAGUAUCAGAUGCAAUAAAAAUAUUGUUAAAAUAAU